AUGACCGACGACGUGGAAAUGCAGUAUGCCAAUAAUCCUGUGAUCAAAGGGAGCGAGGUGCGGCAGAUGUUUAAAACUGUUCUGGGCCAACUCGACAUGAUGACCCACGAGAUUCGGUAUUUUGACUUUGUCGCUCCUCGAAUCUACCAAGCCGCCACUAUUCGAUAUCUUGUCAAAGGCGGUAAUAAAGAUAUCGAUGAGAUCACGAUUCCAGGCUUUGCUGUCUUUGCUGUUCGGAGGGACGAUACAGGGCGUCUGAAGGUCUAUCGGGCGGAAACAUUCUUAGCACUUGAGACCCGUCCGCAGUAUUUCAACGAAUCGCUGGGAAAUAAAGUCUACCGGCUACAUUGCCAGGAUUAA